ACUGGUUUUAAUUUUUGUUUAAAAUUACAAAGAAACAAUGAAGUUGUUUUUUCUGUUCUCUUGGAUCCUGGACAUCUUUCCAUGGACACCAUUUGAUUCAAAUCCUGUGGACAGCUUUUGUCAGGGCCUCAUAGGUGCGUGUGGAAUAUCAAUACUCUACGAUCUGAUGAGAGUUUACAAUUUUAUUGAAGCAUGCAGUGAUUCUGACCGUGAAAGUAAACAGAGGCCACCCUUGUUGAGAAACCCUCUGAGAAGGAAAUGGAGAGCAUCUCUUCAGUUCUGGUGCCUCAGUGUCGUCCUGUCUUUGGUGGGAGUGAGGGUGGCCUCGCUCGUAGUGCUGGAGUUUUUGCUCAGAGCUGCUUCUGCGUUGACAUCACCCGGAUCGGAUGCUAGAGGUGUGGACUUUCUCCUAAUCCAGAGCCAGUUCUCCCUGGGUUGCAGCCUCACCUGUACUCUGGCCUUCCUCCAUCAGGGGGCUCCACACAGCUCCUUUAGUUUGCUGCUGGCUGCUGGCCUCAGCUGGGCCCUGGCCAGCUACAGCAGCAGUCUGUGGACCCAUGUGGCUAGACUCUACCCACUACACAGCACACAGCACUACUGUGGGAAAUGCAUCAGUCUGUUGACCUCUGGACACACCAUCCUGGCAUCGCUGCAAAAGCUGGUGAUUUUGACCUUUGCUGUAGCAUCUUUGGCAGCUUCUUCUACAGUUUAUGAGCACUUCCUGAAUCACAAGGAUGCUAUAAAGUUCUGGACGCCACUUACUGUCUGCUACGCUAUGUUGGUGGUUUAUAAUCAAGAGGAGCAGCAGCGGAUGACGGGUUCAGAGACCCUCCUGCGGACGGUGGUGUUACGACUGGGGGGGUUACUGAUGCUCAUGAUGCUUCUGGGCAGCUGGUCCGAUGUUCUUCACCUCCUCGUCUCUUUCCUGGGAGAGGGYGUUUGUCUGCUGCCCUCUCAAGAUCUGCUGCAGGCUGCUUUAAAGGAAGAAGAGACGAGCUCCAGCAAAGAGGAAAAGAGGCCCAACCACAACGCAAAGACCAGAACAUUAUCAGAUGACGGUCGAUGGUCCAGUGACUCAUCUGAACCAAGAAGAGCGAAGACUCGUGAUGAUAAAAGAAAUUUUAGUGAUAAGUUCAAUGACGUAAAGUGAUUAAUUCAUGCUGUAUACAUUGUCUUAAUCAAAUCAAGGAGUAACUCUGUGUGUAAAUUUGUUUUCAAUUUGAGGUGAACAAUUAAAAAUGUAAUUAUUUUAAAUAAAGCAUUCUUUGAAAAAGG